GGAGAAAGAAUUAGAAAGGAUGGUAAAGGGGUUUUAGCAUAUAAAGGAAGAGGAGAGUGGCUUAAUUAAAACCGUCAAUUACUAAAAGCAUCGGCAGAAAAGGUCUGAAAAUGGACAACCUUUUGGGUCUUCUGAGAAUAAGAGUCAAGAAAGGUGUGAAUCUCGCCGUUCGUGAUGUUCGCAGCAGUGAUCCUUACGUUGUUGUCAAGAUGGGUAAACAGAAAUUGAAGACCCGAGUUGUAAAGAAGGAUGUUAAUCCUGAAUGGAAUGAAGAUUUAACUCUUUCUGUUGCAGAUCCCAAUCUUCCUGUUAAGCUGACAGUCUAUGAUCAUGAUUUGUUCAGCAAGGAUGACAAAAUGGGAGAUGCAGAAUUUGACAUCAAGCCAUUUUUAGAGGCUCUCAAGAUGAACUUAACUGGCCUCCCAGGUGGCACCAUUAUUACAAGAAUACAACCGUGCAGAUCCAACUGUCUGGCUGAAGAGUCUAACGUUGUAUGGAAAGAUGGUCAGGUUGUGCAAGAUAUGUGCCUAAGAUUGAGAAAUGUGGAAUGUGGAGAGGUCGAACUUCAACUUCAGUGGAUCAACCUUCCUGGCUCCAGGGGUUUAUAGAACACGCCGUGUAUAUGUAUAUUUGGUUGCAGUUGGCUGCAGUCUAUGAACUGGUUUGUGCUCCCAUAAUUGAUCCUCUCUGGAUGUGAUAAUUGGAGUUUGUUAUAUAGGCAAAGUUCGACUAAUUAACUUUUGCACACAGUACCAAUUUGUGCAAGGUCUGUAGUUUACUGAAUAUGUUGUUUGUUUGUUUUUUCUUCAAUAUUUCUUGUAUUUCACAGGAAUUGCUGUAGUUGCAUAUGUGAAAUAUUCAAUAUACAGGUUUGCAGAGAAGUGCAUACUUCUGGUUUA